UUGUAGCCUCGCAUUCAAGACCGCUCCUUGACAGCUGCGUAUCGCGCCAUGGCGCUUUGGGAACUUUGGCCACGUGUGGAAGCUGUGGUGAAGCAUGAGAGCUACAUGUCUGCAAACGAUGAGUUCACAAAGUUAAAGACUGCCAUCCUGAAAAGUGGCGAUUUGGGUGCCCAGGCGAAGUAUGCAACCGUGACUUGGGAGUUUCUGCUGGGCUUUGCUGACAAGAAGACCUUCUACCGCUCGCAUGUUUGCCAAGUAGUCCAAGUGCUUUUGACCGAGCCCAGCUUUAGAAACGCGUAUGCCUCUUCUCCCACGUUCCGGGCGAAGGCCCAGCAACUCCACCCAGACGUACGGAAGGCCUUGGAGGCUGUGGACGAGGAAUUGCCCAAGGAAGUGCCUAAGGAAGCGAAGGUAGAGAAAGUGAAGGUGUCAGGCAAGGAGGUGGAGUGGCCCGAUUGGGGGGCCCUGGAAGCAGCGGUGCGCAUGGAACAUUACAUGGGCGCCAAUGAAGAGUUCCGCCUCCUGAGACUGGCUGUGCUGGCAGCAGAUCCCCUGCAACUGGCGAGUCAGGUGGGACAAGCAGCGAUGGUUUGGGAAUUCCUGGUGGGCUUUGGAGAGAAGAAGGCCCAUUUCCGAUCGCAGCUGGGAGAGGUCAUCGGGAUUCUUCGACAAGAAAGUGGUUGGGAAGAGAGCCUGGACCAGAUGCGUCCGAAGCUCCAGGCGCGGCUCCAGUUGCUGCCGGAGGUUCUACAGAAGGCCCUGGGCCCUGACCACUCGGAGGCAGAAGAGGCCUCGAACAGCGCCAGCUUCAGUCAGGAGAAUCUAGAGGUUCUCACUGAAGAGGCUUAUUGCAGUCCCAGCUUCGAGUCACUCGAGGAUCGCUUGAAAUCCAUGAUGGGAUGUGUCGCAGAUUUGGCAGGGCCUUCUGUCAGUCCAGAGGAGUCUGAAGCAGAGAAGGCAGCAAAGCGCUUGGCGGAAGUCGAGCUCCAGCAGAAGCAGGAGAGCAGGAAAAUAUUGGCAGAAGCAAAGCGCUUGGCAGAAGCCCAAGUCCAGCAGAAGCAGGAAGCGGAAAAGGCAGCGGAGGCAAAGCGCCAGGCAGAACUCGAGCUCCAGCGGCAGCAGGAUAUCGAGAAGCUGCUUUCGGAGACAAGAUCGCCCGUGCCUGCGGAGCCUGCCCCGGUCGCCAACGCCCCUCCGUACACAACGCCCCUGGAAAAGGCCCAAGCGCUGCUUCAGAAAGGGGAGUCGCUAGAAGCACAAUCGCCGGUGCCAGCCUACUACCUGCAGGUCGCGGCCUUGGAACUCUUGAUGAAAGCCCGGCAAGCUGGUCAGUCCUCUCCUGAAGCGGAUCAACUCAUGCUGGCGACAUUGCAGACAGCUGAGAACAAGAAGAGCCAGCUGAAUUUAACCAAUGGCCCUCAGAAGACACAGGACUUGAUCCUCUCAGACUACGAGCGGGCGGUCGCUUCAGACUCCUUGAGAGAUCUGCGAGACGUGAGCGUGUACCUGGAGAGCUUGUCACAGUUCUACAGUGCAAUCCCCGAGGUUCCCCAGGAGUUGAGGGAACGGACGUCAUAUGCCCUCCGCCGCGCGGACUAUUUGCGAGCCUGUUCACAGCAGGGCGUGCAUCCAGAGGCCCCCACCCCACCGCGCCUGCAACAGCCUGCAUUGCCUCCCCCCCAAUCCGCACCAGCACCUGUAGCAGCUCCUGCGCCCGCCCCUCCAGCACCGGCAGCUCCACCACCUGCUGCAGCGGCAGCUCCACCACCUGCAGCACCGGCAGCUAAACCACCUGCUGCACCGGCAGCCCGAGCAGUUGUGUCUCCAGAGGUUCUUGCAAUGCCACGGGGGAAGCGACAGAGCGAGGCGAGGAAGAAGAUUGACGAGGCGACCAGAUCGCUGAAGACCGGCAACGAAGAGCAGGGGAAGGCCCUAAUUCAGGAGGCGCUUGGCCUUCUGGAAGGCUUGUGAUGGCCAUUUGGUCAAAGUUUAGGCUAGUGGCCCAAACCAGCCUGGGGAAAGCACCUGCGGCAGUUCGCAAGGACAAUUGUCAGUUCGUGUAGCUUAGACCGGACAUGGGAAAUGCAUGUUUGCAGGGCGGCAGCCUUUCUCCAAAAAGACCUGUUGAAGAGAAUCUCAGUGUGGUGGAGGUGCAACCAUGAAACAAGCA